CUUGCACUUGUAGUUUCUGUGAUGAAUAAGUGAGUCAAUCAGUGACCUUUCGCUUUUAUAGAUAUAGAUAUCUUAUUUUGAUGCUUCUUAGAUCAAUUACUUAAAACAGCUUGCCAAAAGCUCCCGGAUGCACGCAAAGUUCAAGCACACCGAUGAAUAAACCAUAAGCCUCGCGUCCUAGAUCCGCUAACAAUAACACUGUAACAAUAAUGUGUUCAAAGAAAACACGACACAAAGUUAAGGGUCUCCCGUUAGCAUUUAUUUAUUAACUACAAUAAUAUCAUACGGAAAAGAUUGUUUGUAUUGAACAGGCUCAGCAACUACCGGAACGCUUAGAAUAAUUUAUUUCACCAUUAAAAUCCUAUAAAAAGGCGAUAAGUUUGCCGGGUAAGUAGUAGGUAAUUCUUAGUUUGCAGUUUCCUUUAUACUUAACUGGAUCUUUAUCCUAAAUCCUAAUAAAUAAAAUAACGGAAUAAUACCUACCUACAGGGUGUGUUUAUCUUAUCCUCUAGAUUAUAUUUCGGUCACACGGUCGAACUUCAUUAUGUCCUUAGUUUUCACGAAGUUUUAGUUUUCAGCAAAAUCGGCUUCAAGAUCUUUCAGCAUUUGUCGCUAUUUUUUCGACUUGGCCAAUCUCGCACACUUGAAAGUGUAUCCAUAAAAAGCUCUAUACGGGGGACGCUUAACAAAUUAUAAGUAAACCACAACCACGGCGCAUAAUAAAUAAAAUAAAAUGGAUUGAAUUUCUGAUGAUCUACGCCGUUAUAAUGAUCCUAUAGUUAGCCUGCGGUUAUCUAUCAACUGCCCAAAGUUUUUUACGCAUAUUUUUUCUCUAUUCCAAUUCUAAGAAUAAUGAGCAUUCUGAUUACUAUUCAGUAAGUGAAAUAAGAACAAUCUGCGUGUACCUCAGUAUUACUUGUGGAUCCAAACAAUAUUAACAUGUUUUUGCACACUGAAUACUAUUUGUACGUGAUUGAAGUGGUGAAUUUGCUAAAUUAGUGCACUAGUUUUAAGUUUUAUUAAGUUUUUACCAUGCGGGUGCUGUAUUUGAUUGUGUUUAUUGUGUUUUGUUUGUCUUCAGUGUGUGGAGUGUACAUAACGAACCUGAGCGGGGCAUGUCUGCGGUGUCUCUGCCACGUGGCGGGCUGCGACAUGUCGCACGGGUGCACUGAUGGGUACUGCGGGCCCUUCUACAUCUCCCGUGUGUACUGGGUGGACGCGGGGAGGCCUACGCUGCCCGAGGACAACCCAGACCGAGUGGAGGCAUUUGAGGACUGCGCUAAGGACUACUACUGCUCUAUCAAGAUUGUGGAAAACUACAUGGCGAGAUUUGGAAAGGACUGCAACAAGGACGGCGUGACGGACUGUUUCGACUACAUGAUGAUCAACUACCACGGAGGGCGCGCGUGCACCGGCCCUCUCUUCCUCACCAUGCAUGGACUCCGAUGGCUCAAUAAAUACAAGCAGUGCAAACUUUAAUACCUUACAAUAGACCCAAUAAAGACUUCAAUAA